ACUAUGUAUUUUGGAAAAUAAUUAUUUGUAAAUGCAUAUUUAGCAUCUAUUUAUUAAAAUCUAUAAGAAAUAUUUUUGAAAAUUAAGACAAAAUUAAAUAUAUAUUGAAUAUUAUUAUUAUUAUAUCAAUAUUAAAUAAAGAACUAUUUUGGUGUUUUUCAUAGCACAUUUAUAUAUUAUUAUGAUUACAGCAAUAUUAACAUUUUAUCUCAAUUAUUUGAAUAAAAAUUGAAAAUUUUAUCGAUAAUUUCGAAAAUUAUGAUCAAUCGUCCAUUGGAAUAUAGUUUGCGUAUAUUUGGUAUUUGGCCAGAUUCUCCGUAUCCAAAACUGAAAAUUAUUACUUGGAUAAUAAUAUUGCCAACAUUUCUAGUAUUUCAAUAUUGGUAUUGUAUUACUCAUAUUAAAUUAGGUUUAAUUGACCUAUUAGAUGGAUUAAGUCUUACUUUAUCAAAUACACUUGUUUUCAUCAAAUUAAUUGUUAUUUGGUUUCACAAACGAUUGAAUCGGAAAUGCUUUUUUAUAUUCAUUUUAAAGAAAAUAUUAUUUUUGAACAGAACAUUUUAUGAAAUUCUGAUGUCUAUGAAGGAAGAUUUGAAUAAUAAUUAUUCUGCUAUUGAAAAUAAACGAAUAAUAAUGGAUAAAUCCAUGUUAUCUUCCCGUAUUUCAAAUUUCUUAAUCAGUUAUUUCGCGAUUACAUUUUUCCUAUAUUCAGGAGUUGCUUUAGUAAUAUUUGAUGAAGAUCAAGGGAAGUUUUUAGUUAGAAUGGAAUUUCCAUUUAUAUCCACAAUUUCUCCACGUUAUGAAAUUAUUCUGAUUACACAAUUUAUAUUUGAAUCAUUUAUAGUUUAUGGUGCGGCUACAUCAAUAGCAUUAAUUGCAGCAUUAAUACUAUAUGUUGGUAGUCAAAUUGACUUAUUUUGUCAAAACUUAACUUUUUAUAGUUACGAGAAAAGAGAAUCGCAAAAUGUAAUUAAGGAUAUUAUUGUGAGACAUCAAAAAAUUAUAAAACUUUCAAAAAAUAUUGAAACAAUCUUUACUUAUAUAUCCCUAUGUCAAUUUGUAUCAAAUAUGUUGGUAAUUUGCUUUAUAAGUUUCGUUCUGACAGUCUCUUUGCAUACGGAACAAACAAUUGUAUUAAUAAUGAAAUGUCUUCCCUAUUACAUUGCUGUUAAUUGCGAAGCAUUUAUUCUGUGUUAUACUGGAGAAUAUAUUACUUCUAAGAGUGAAAAUAUUAAUAAAGCUAUAUAUAAUUUUCUUUGGUACAAUUUAAAAUCUCGAGAUGUUCGUAUCAUAUUACUGAUAAUUUUACGAUCACAAAAACAAUUAACGCUUACAGCCGGAAAAUUUAUUUGUCUUUCUCUAGAGGCAUUUGCUAACGUAAGAGAAUUAAAUUUAUUAUCGAAUAAAUAAAUAAUAAUAUAAUAAAUUAAGUGUAUUCUAUUUUUUAACAUUUUUAUAUAUAUGUUUUUAAUUUAUUUUGUAUAAUUUUUCAUUUUUUAUUUUUUAUAUAAUUACGAUUAAUAUAAAUUUUUAGAUGUUAAAAGCUUCUGCUUCAUAUGUAUCUGUUCUAUAUGCAAGAUAUUGAGUUUUUAAGCAAUCAUUUUAUAUGUUGUGGAUUUUUCAUUAAAAUAUGGAUAAUUUUGAUGAAAUAUGUAGUAAAAUGUAUUAAAUUUAAUUAUUUGUAAUUAUAUAAAUAAGAUAAAUUAGAAAAUUUGAAUGCAAUAAUGUAAUAUUAUAUUAUUUUUCAAUUCUCCUGUUAUAUUAUUUUUUAUUCCUCCAAUUUUAGUGAUUUGAAAAAUAAUAGAAUGACUAAUGAAAAGAAUAAAGUAAUAUAUAUAUAUUGAAUGUUAAUAUAUUCACAGGAUAUUUUUGGCGGUAUUCUAGAUAUUAAAAAAAAGCUUAAAAAUUAAUAUAUAAAAAUAUCGUUUUAUUUAUUACGUUAUAAAAAAGAUCUAUUAGAUGAAGCGAGGCGGAAAUAAAUGAUUUAAUAGAAAUAAGUUCACUUUAUUUUUGUUUUGUAUUUAACGCAAAUUUCAACGCAAAUUUCAUUAUUAUUGCUUGUAACAUAAUAAAAAAGCAUUAACCAACAUUUUUUUAUAUUAACUUUCAUGGGAUAUUUUUAAAAAUAUCCCACGAAUAUGUUAUAUUAAAAUAGUAGCCUCAAGAUGAAGUAAUAAAAUAUAAAUAUUUAUAAAUAAGAAUUCUGAUGAUUUUUUAAAGAGUUAUAAAAUAUAAAAAUGUAAAUGGAUUUUUAUGAAAAAUAUUUCAAAUUUAUAAAAUAUAAUAAAAAUAUAUUAUCAAUUAUAAUCAUAUUAUAUAUAUUAUAUGUUAUAUACAUAUAUAUUAUAUAUUAUAUUCUAUAAAACACAAAAUUAUUUACAUCUUUGUUAAUAAUACAAUUUUAAUUAUUUAAUAUUAUAUAAUAUCAAAUAAUAUAUAGGUAUGAUUAAUAUAUUCAUGGAAACAUUUUGAAAGAUUGAUAGAGAUCAUAAGGAAACUACAAGAUAAAUAUAAAAAUUAAAUAGAAAAAUGUUGGUUGAGGUUUAUAUAUAUUAUAUAUAAAAUUGAAAGUUGUAUUAGAUGAAGUGAAGCAUGAAACAAUUGUAUUUUAUAUCAAAUGUCAUGUU